GAACGAUAAGCCCAUACAAAUUAUCCAGUUUGCAGCUUGCAAAGUUGAAAUGGGUGUUGCAUGGUACAUGACGAGGUAAUAAGAUGUUCAUAACAGCAGGAUAUUUGUAUUUAUAUGCAGUCCACUGGUUACGUCGGACACGUAAACAUACACUGUAUAGAAAGACAAUCACUGACAUUUUCCAACGAGGUUCAGUAUUAGCCCAUAAAUAUGGCACUUUUGACACGCUCACUGAUCAACUGCUGAAAGAUGUGUCUUAUAUUCAGCGUGUCAAUCACAUUCGUGAUUCCAGGAUUAUUCUAUCAGAAAUAACUCCAAAGGUAAAAAUAAACUUGAACGAAUGGACUACAUACUUUGCCUUAGAACCCCAUCAGUAUGAUACAACAUCAGAAGAUGUGUGGGUAUUAGUUGAGUCUAUCAGACCUGAAAGUGCUCAAGAAUAUGUGGAGGAAGAAGCCAAAUACCAGACCACUAAUAUGUUGGACCUAGGCAGGCCAAUAGCUUGGAAGACAGGACCUCCUUUUGGUAUAAUAAUGAAGUGUUCUCAAGAGAAUUUUGUAGCCAUGUGUGUGGCCUUCUCAGACUAUGCCUUGUCCACAGAUGAAGAGCUUAUUGUACAGAAAGUACUCAGUAUAGAUGUAGAAGGCCAUGCCAGCAACUUGGUACAGAAAACUGAUGAGGAAUCUAGUAUGAUGAAUAAUUUUGAUGAGACUACAGAAGUUGGAAGGUGUUCAAAUGAAUCAAUGGCAUCAUCGAGAAGUGUUGGUAACAUAGAAGAAGUAUUAGAUGGUGCUGACAAUGACGAAAUCGACUCUAUGACAACAAACGAAGAUGAUAUGCAAAGGAUGAUGGGAGAGAGUGGUUAUGGUGAAGCAUUAAGUGAAAUGAUUCCUAUGCCAGCUGUUUUUAUUCCUCCCGACCAAAGUCAUACAUCAAAACCUCCAAAUGUUUUAGUUUAUGCAGGAAAGAAAGACUCUGCCAGAAAAUUUCAAAAUAUUAAAUCAGUAUUUGAACAAUGUAUAAAUACAAACUGCUACAUCUUGUAUCAUUUGAAACAUGACCAGGUGUCCUCCAUUCCAUGGGCAGAUAACUGCGCAUUACUAGUUGUAUCAUGUGACAAUUUGUAUGACAGGGUAGAUGAUGCUUUUCUCCAGUUUAUUGAGCAGGGUGGUAAAGUGAUAAGCUUUGGCAGUUCUCUAGAUUCUGAUUUCGUACCUAGAAGAGAACUUCGUACUCAUCCGGAUAUUUCUGUCGUAGAUUAUGAGAAAUGGAAGAAAGUUACACUAUUAUGUGGUCGUUACUGCUAUCUGCCACAGGAGUCUGUUAAAGAUUUGAUGUGUAUUCAGUCCCUAUGUCAAGAUAAAGAUGGACAAGCUAUGAUUGUUGACAUUAAACCAAAAGCUGAAGGUCAAGGAAGAGCAAUUCUGUCACAGGUUUUACUAGACCAAGAUCCGACUGAUAUAGCAGCCACUGUAGAGAUGUUUAACAUCCUGAAGGAUUCUAAUUCAGUCAGAUUAGAGAUGUUAACAUCCCUACUGAAACGAAUGGGAUAUAAUUGUGAUAGAGACCAGACACCUAUAUUUACACCAGCCUACCUCUUAUCUAAAACCAAGGAUCUUAAGUCUUCCCUCAUGUCAAGUAUUGAGAAGCGUCUGACUGAAGGAAAACUUAAAUCUGCCAGUUUGACCUUGAAAUUCAUCUCAUCAGGAGAGGUUGUUAUGGCAACAAAGGAUUUACUUCCUGUUGUUUCCAGUGACUCAGGGAAAAUUCCAUUCAAUGAGGCUUUGUACUGGAAGAAUUUGUCGACAAAAAGAUUGGGAAACACUAUGUUCUAUACAGAUGUUAUACAUUCUACAAUGCCUGUGUUAGAAAGCUUACAGUUUUCCUGUGGAGACAACAUAGGUCUGAUAGCUAUUUCAAAUGUCCAGACAAAUGGCAAAGGAAGGGGAGAUAAUUUUUGGUUGAGUCCUGCUGGAUGUGCUAUGUUUACAAUCCACGUGUGCCUUCCAUUAGGGAGCCAUUUAGGAAAGGCAGCAUCCUACUUGCAACACCUGACAUCCCUGGCUGUGGUGGAGGGAAUCAGAACACUGCCAGACUAUCAGGAUAUAGAUUUGAGGUUGAAAUGGCCUAACGAUAUCUACUACAGUGAUAAAAUGAAAUUAGGAGGAGUUAUUGUUAAAUCUACAACUAUGAAUGGAAAUCUACACGCCCUUAUUGGUUGUGGAUAUAAUGUUAGCAACAAAAAUCCAACAAUCUGUGUCAAUGAUGUGAUAAAUAGUUACAACAAUGACAAGAAAACAAAAUUACCAGAAAUAUCAGUAGAACAGUCUAUAGCCAGGACAGUCACUGUCAUGGAGGAACUCAUUGACCAGUUCCAACACGAAGGUUAUGACAGUUUCUGUAAAUCUUAUUACAAAAGAUGGUUACAUAGCAACACUAAGGUGCGAUUACAGAUGGAAAAAGGGAAGGAGGUGACAAUAGUUGGUCUAGAUGAAUUUGGAUAUCUAAAGACAAUUGAUGAAAAUAAAAAGACAAUCAUAGUACAUGAUGAUGGAAACAGCUUUGAUAUGAUGCACAACCUCAUUAAGAUGAAAUAGAUAUGUUGUAAACUUUGAAUUCUAUUUGUGUGGUUGCUGGAUAUCAUUAUGUUGAAAAUAAAAAUAGAUAAAGACAAAUUGAUUACUGAGAACUAGAGAGACAUUUUUGUAUAAUGAAUUUUAAGUAUGCAUAAUAGUAAAUACCCGGUAAGCAUAAUAUGUACUGUUAUGCAGAAAAUGACAAUGAAAGAUAUGACUAUGGUAAACUGUAAAUUCAGGAAUUAUUGUGUACAUUUAUUUUUGGGAUUUUUGAAGAAUGAACAAAAAUGGGAGUUUAAUUAUUCAAUUAUUGCGAAUUUAAGAAAAGCUACAUACAGAUAUAUGUAUUUGAUAUCAGAAUGCGAGUUCUUAUUAUUGCGACACUCAAGUAGUUACAUUAUUUACAUUAAUUAAAACUUCGCAAUAAUUUCUGAAUUUACAGUAUUUAAUAUGUAAAAAUUAUAUGACAUCCUAACUUUUACAGAUAUGAUAAAUACUGUUAGUAUGGAAAAUUCACAUAAGAUAAGAGUUUACUUAGUAGCAUUUUUUUUAUUUGUAGUUAUUUAAUGGCUGUUGUUUGUGUAUUUUGUUGAUUUUUCCAUUAUAAUUUGCUACUUUUGUACUAAUAAACUGUGUUUUUUUUUUGAUAUUGCAGUAAGUGUGUUCAAUAAAAACCUUUGAUAAUUACCUCUUAUAGGGUAUUUGCAUUUUACAAACAUGUGGUAGUGUACCAAAGUACUCAAGUAGUUUAAUUUUUCACCUUUUGAAGUGUGUAAGAUUUUAGAUAUUUUUUAUAAUUCAUGAUCAUAUAAACAUUCCAUUUUACAACAUGAAAUCUAUAGUCAAGUCAGUUGGAUACUAUUCAACAAUUGUGAUCUUUGACAAGCAAGAUCAUGAUAUGCUCAGGAGAAAAAUAUGUAAGUGUGAAUGAAAUAUCAAUGCAGAUUACAGAUCAAACUCAGACUACUUCAAUUCACAUAGAAUCCAAAAUGUAACUGAAGUUUUGAAGAAAUAAAAAAUAUAAAUUAUUAUGGAUAUGUGAUUUUUUUUCUGUUGAUGUAAACAUUAUAACAUAAAAAAUAAUUUUCUAAAUAUGACAUAAUCAAAUAAAAUUUUCCAUGUUUUUAUUUGUGACCAGUAUGCGAUUUGAAAUUUGACUUGCACAUGCAAGACUCUUUAUUUGUAUAGAUAUAUACUUCAAAACUGUGAAACAUUUUAUUAUGCUUUUCAGUUGAAUUUCAGCAUUCUUAGGAUUAGAAAAACAUAUGUUAAAUGUAUUGUUGUCUAUGCAAAACUUGCCAAUUCCAAAGAAAAAUAAGGACAAUUAACAAUAUUCAUUCAAAAGCAAAAAGCUGAUUUGACAGUAAAUAAUUUUGUAAAAAGCAGAAACUUGGUUUGACAUGAAUAAUAAUUGUUUUAAGCCAACAAUAAAUUUUAUUAAAGCAGAAAACCUGUUUGACAUUGAAUAAUGUUUGAUCAAGGCAGAAACUUUGAUUAAGAAUGAAAAUUAUAUAUAUAAAGCAGACAUAAGCUAUUCACAGAUUUGUAAUAUAUAUUUAAAGAAGAAUAUAGGUUUAUCAAUGAAUAAUAUUCUGAACAAAGCAAAAACUAGUAUUGUCAACAAAUAAAAUUUGUACCAAGCAGAGAUUUGAUAAACAAUAAUUAUUACUUAUGCAAAUUAUAAAUAUUGUUUAUGAUAAUCAACAAAUAGUUCAUGACUGUGAAGCCCUAAUGCUGUUUAUGUUUGGGAGUCACCUUAAAAAAUAAACAGACGAAAGCCAUGUAUAAUAUAAUACCAUUAUGGUCAAACAACUGUCUCAACCUACUGUCUCAGCCCAUAUACAGUAUAUGGAUUUGUUCAUGUUCAAGUGAUUGGUAGGUGGUAAAUUAGCACAAAGGAAAAUAUACAAAUUAAAACAGGGAUUUGACAAUAAAUAAAUUUUGGGUUAGCAUUCAUUCAUUUACAUAUUGAGUAAGAUUUUAAUUGAAAUUUGAAAUAGCUAGAUGUAACAUUCUGACAUAAUUCCAAAAAUUAUAAUAGUAUAAUUGUACAAUACACAAAAUAGUGCUAAAUAAUGCUGUCAGUGAUGGUUUUCUCCUGCUUUGAAAAUUUAUAUUACAUAUAAUUAAUUUAAUAUUAUUAUUAUAUAUAAUUCAAAUUAUAUAAAUUGUGUAAUGUUUUUCCAAUUUGUGUUGAUUAAUUAAAGUGCCAUACAUAUUUGUUUUUGUUGACUCUUCUUUUUUACUUCAUUUUUCAAAUGCUCAAAUUCUGACUAAGUAGAAGUAUCAUUAUAAUUUUGACAAGUUGAGGUUUUAUUUUUUCUGGAUUUCAAAAACUAAUAUUGGUUUUUAUACAGUGUAUGAGAAAUCCUUUGUUAUGUCUGAAGUAUCAAUAUACAUGCUAAAUGUUUUUAAUACAAUUAAUGAUGUGAACAAAUAUUACUUUUACCUAUGCUUAUAUAUACACUGUAGGUAAAUUUUAUUCCUAAUUGUAACAAUCAUGACAGUUGUAAUUCAAAUAGAUGGUUGUGAAUUGUGAGAAAUCUAAGCAAAACAAAUGAGUUUUAUCCAGGUAUGGAUUUUUUGUUCUUUUUGUAUUACAUGGAAGCCAAGUUAUUAAAGAUGUUAUGCACAAUA